GGAGGCUUCACGGCGUCUAACCGUCCUCUUUUUCCCCCGCCCCCUGUCUCCCCUUAACCCGCGCCGGUAGCUCCGUGGCCAACUAGGGUCCCGCGGUCGGUGGAGCGGGCGCGCGCGCCGGGGGUCGCGCGGCGGCUGAGAAGGGCGAGCACGCGCGGAGGGAGUGGAGGUGUAGGGCGGUGGGAGUACGGCUUGCUAGCUCGCAAGAUGGCGGACGAGGACGGGGAAGGGAUUCACCCCGCAGCCCCUCACAGGAACGGAGGUGGCGGCGGCGGCGGGGGGUCUGGGCUCCACUGCGCUGGGAACGGCGGCGGGGGAGGCGGCGGCCCGCGGGUCGUGCGCAUCGUCAAGUCCGAGUCCGGCUACGGCUUCAACGUGAGGGGCCAAGUGAGCGAGGGCGGGCAACUGCGGAGCAUCAACGGAGAGCUGUACGCGCCGCUGCAGCAUGUGAGCGCCGUGCUGCCCGGGGGGGCAGCCGACCGGGCCGGGGUGCGCAAGGGGGACCGCAUUCUGGAGGUGAACGGCGUGAAUGUUGAGGGGGCGACACACAAGCAGGUGGUGGACCUGAUCCGAGCAGGCGAGAAGGAAUUGAUCUUGACAGUGUUAUCGGUACCUCCUCAUGAGGCAGAUAAUCUAGAUCCCAGUGACGACUCGUUGGGACAAUCAUUUUAUGAUUACACAGAAAAGCAAGCAGUGCCCAUAUCGGUCCCCACAUACAAACAUGUGGAGCAGAAUGGUGAGAAAUUUGUGGUCUACAAUGUUUACAUGGCAGGGAGGCAGCUGUGUUCUAAGCGGUACCGGGAGUUUGCCAUCUUACACCAGAACCUGAAGAGAGAGUUUGCCAACUUUACAUUUCCCCGACUUCCAGGGAAGUGGCCAUUCUCUUUAUCAGAACAGCAAUUAGAUGCCCGACGUCGGGGGUUGGAAGAAUAUCUAGAAAAAGUGUGCUCAAUACGAGUCAUUGGCGAAAGUGACAUCAUGCAGGAAUUUCUAUCAGAAUCAGAUGAGAAUUACAAUGGUGUGUCCGAUGUAGAGCUGAGAGUAGCAUUACCAGAUGGAACGACAGUUACAGUCAGGGUUAAAAAGAAUAGUACUACAGACCAAGUAUAUCAGGCAAUUGCAGCAAAGGUUGGCAUGGACAGUACGACAGUGAAUUACUUUGCCUUAUUUGAAGUGAUCAAUCAUUCCUUUGUGCGUAAGCUGGCACCUAAUGAAUUUCCCCAUAAACUCUACGUCCAGAAUUACACAUCAGCUGUGCCAGGUACCUGCUUGACCAUUCGAAAGUGGCUUUUUACGACAGAAGAAGAAAUCCUCUUAAAUGACAAUGACCUUGCUGUUACGUACUUCUUUCAUCAGGCUGUUGAUGAUGUGAAAAAAGGUUACAUCAAAGCAGAGGAAAAAUCCUACCAAUUACAGAAGCUGUAUGAACAAAGGAAAAUGGUCAUGUACCUCAACAUGCUAAGGACUUGUGAGGGCUACAAUGAAAUUAUCUUCCCCCACUGUGCCUGCGACUCCAGGAGGAAGGGGCAUGUCAUCACAGCCAUCAGCAUCGCGCACUUUAAAUUGCACGCCUGCACUGAAGAAGGACAGCUGGAGAACCAGGUAAUAGCAUUUGAAUGGGAUGAGAUGCAGCGAUGGGAUACGGAUGAAGAAGGAAUGGCCUUCUGUUUUGAAUAUGCACGAGGAGAGAAGAAGCCUCGAUGGGUUAAAAUCUUCACACCAUAUUUUAAUUACAUGCAUGAAUGCUUCGAGAGGGUGUUCUGCGAGCUCAAGUGGAGAAAAGAGAAUUUGCCAACUCGGGGACCUGGCUGUGGAAGGCAGUUUUCUUAAAGGGGAUGGCAUCCUGGGUGACCCGAAGUCUCCAAACCUAGAGGGACAGCGGUGCCCUCCCUUCUGUCCUUGGUGUUCUCUGGAUUGAUUCAGCAGUAGAAACCAUUUGGUCUGUUGGGCCCCAGCACACCUGCUAGGUUCCUUCCAGAUUCACUGUGUCACAUUAGCUUCCCUUUGGGAGGGUGAUGUGGUUGAAUACUCAGAGGAGAGGUGGUGGGUGUGCGUCGUUAGUCCCCCACCUUCCGGUUUCACCUCCUGCCUUCCUCUUCCUCUAAACCUGAGCACGUCAUGCCAAGGCUCACUCAUACGCAGUGACGUCAGCUCACUCCUCAGCAGUAAUCUAGGAUGUGUGGGAAGCUUAGGGUUCUGGGGAGGAACAGAAUCUAAGAGGGGAGUGAUGUGGGUGGAGGCACUGGCUAACUGCUAAACUUGGACACCAGUUUUAUAUCACGCCCCCUUUGUAAGCCAGUGAGCUGGGCUUCAGUUUUCCCCAAACCAUGCACACUUUUAAUUUAUUUGAGAGAAACUCUAAUUGUAUUUUCACUGCAGUAUCUUGUAUUUUUUAUUUGUGAUUUAGGAAAUGUGAAGAGAAAAUACACAGACACAUAAUGGCUAACAGUGUUUCUUUCAUUCCUUGUUCUAGAGCUAACCACUCUAAAAUUGUUUGGUAAUGUCACUUAGUGUAAUUAAUUGUAACAUAUUCUUUUAAAUAAAUUGAUUUAUUGAUGAAACUA